CCCAAUUAGGGUUCCCGCAGUUGCCCUUUCGCCUCUUGACGCUCCCGAGCACGAGAUAGGAGAGAAGAAAGAGGAGGAGGACGAGGAGGGAGAGAUGGGAGGGAAGUGCCCGAGCAGGAAGGUGAAGAAGCGCCGCUUCUCACACAAAACUGCUCGCCGAUCCAAGUUCCUCCUCAAAGGCGACGAUGAGGUAUAUAACGAAAUACUGAAGCAGGCGGAGGAGGCGGCCGCGGCGGCGAAACCCCUGCCGCUCGACGAGGACCUUCCCGGGAUGGGCCAGUUCUACUGUCUUCACUGCGACCGAUACUUUGCUAGCGAGGAUGUACGGGACGAGCAUUUCCGCUCGAAGCGCCACAAGAAACGUGUGAAGCAAAUGUCAGGACCUGCACCUCACACUCAACUCGAUGCUGAUUUAGCUGCCGGGAUGGGAAUGCCCGAUAAUGGCCCCAAGCUCAUGUCAUUUUGAGCCCUUCAGAACUUCUUUCUUCCCUUCUUCCCUUCUUCCCCUUCAUCCAUCCACAAGGUGUUAAAGAGGCAGCAUCCAUGGUAAAGUUUAGAGCAAAUGCUUUCGGCUCGAAAUGGUUAAAUUUCCUUAUGCACACAAACGCUGUAUUCUCAAGUGUUCUGAUGAUUUUGUAUUUGUAUGAAGUGAUAAAUAUGCAUAGGUAAAUCUCAUGAGAUGUUUUGAAAUGUCCA